GGCCCCUGAAGCGUGGGGCGAUGUUCUGCGCCCGUCUGCCAUGUUGGUGGCACCCAUGCGGUAUCUCGAAGAGGAAAAGAUCUCGCUGGAGAGGUUGCUGGUGAAUCCCAAAUUGGCGUCGGCCUACCUCGCCAGCUGCACUCGACAAAAUGGAGCCAAGGUCGCACACGAGGUACUGAGGCAGCUAGCGGAGAACAGCAUGCAGGUCAAUGUGUUUCACGGCAAUGCGAUCCUUGGAGCUUGCCAUGUCGGGGACUGGCGCCAUGCCUUGCACUUGCUGGAGACCUUUGGGUCGGGCGAGACCGCCGUGCAGCGCGAUGUGGUGAGCUUCAACGGUGCCAUCAACGUCCUGGAGAAAGCCUCCCACUGGUCCGGUGCCCUUGCUUUGCUUCGCAAGGCUCCGGUGCUGGGGAUCCAGUUAAGCGCCAUUGGUUACAGCACCCUGCUGAACGUGGAUCAGAGCCUUUGGAAGAUGACCUUUCACAUGUUGCUGGAAUCCCGCAGAGUGGCGCUCCACACAGGCACGAUGGGAUGCAGCGCCGCCAUCCGUGCGGCCGGACCCGGACGCUGGCGAGACGCACUGCAGCUGCUCCAGUGGAUGAUGUGGCAGAGGAUCUCAGCGGAUCGGAGCAGCUAUAACUCCGAGCUGCACAGCAUCAAGUCGCAAUGGCAGCGUGCCACACAUCUGGCCAGGAGGUUACCUCCGGACACGGUGGCCAUGAACACUGUGAUCAAUGCCUGCGCACGAACUGGCCAGUGGGCGCUGACGCUGGCCUUGCUGCGGAACAUGGCCAUCAUCCAGCUGGAAGCUGACGUCUUCAGUUGCACCACAGCUCUCGGGGUCCUCACGGAACGUGGUGGAUCUGCCUGGCGCGAAGCCAACGAAUUCCUGAGAAGCACUGGCAGCACCAAGAUACGUCCGAACCACGUGACCUUCGGCACUGCCCUUGGCUGCUGUGGGAGCAGCUGGGAGAGUGCGCAGGAGUUGAUGCAGCGUGUGUCCUUGCAGCGUUUGCAGCACGACUUGGUGAUGUGCAACAGCUUUCUGGACUGCUGUGACCGCGCGCACCGCUGGGACCUGGCGCUGCACAUCUUGACGCGUUUCGAUAUCGACGAUCAGCGGGCGCACUGGGAUGUCAUCAGUUUCACUGCUGCCAUCGCAGCCUGUGAGAAGAGCAGCCAGUGGCGUUCUGCGGUGGAUUUUUUGCCGCAGAUGACCAGAAGACAGGUGACGCCUGAUGACGUGUGCCUGAACGCCGCCAUCGACGCCUGCGCCAGCGCCGGCGAGACGUCGCAGGGCUGGCGGCUGCUGCGCCUGGCCGAGGGCAUUCCGCGCGGCGCGCGGGACGUUUCGUCGCUGCCGUGGGCCUUGGCGAGGCUGCAUUGCCACGACAGCAGCUUCGUGCAGUCGGUCUUCCGGGAUGUGGCGCAACGACUUCCUUCCUCCAACAUCUCCCCCAAGCGCUUGGCGCUGCUGAGCUGGGCCUUCGCCAUGCUGGGGGUAGAGCCCGCGGGCCACGGCACCUUUCGGCGCGAAAUUGCUGGGGCUCUUGGCAGCUGCGGGGUGCAGGACCUGUCGUUGAUGUCCUGGGGGCUCACGGGUGGUGGCUGGGAGCUGGCGCAAGAGGUGCAGAGGGCUGCGGUGGUGGAGAUGGGAAGAUCCCAACUCUCGCAUCAGGACCCCGUGGCCUUUGCGGACGCCGUUCUUGGCAUCGUUUGGGCCUGGAACUUCGCAGGGCUCUUGGGUCAGCGGCUCCUCAAAACGGCUCGAGAGGUGCUGCUGCGUGGCGCGCGAGCGAUGGACAGCGGCAAGGGAACCAGGAACCGGGUCACGGAGAGAACAGGUGUGUCGUCCACUUUCUCGGAUUGGACUUUCACGGCCGACCUUCUCUCAGCCGUCAAGCUCCGUGACGGCCAUCUGGCGAUUCCAUCCAACCACGUGGAAGCGGGAGUGGCACUGGGAGCGUGGCUGCACAGACAGGUGGACGAUGCCCAACAAGGCCGCUUGGAGGCGGAACGCUUUGACCGGUUGGCGGAGUUGGGGGUUUCCUUCGAAGAAACUUUGGAUGGCAAGUUGCUGGAGAAAGAUGAGGACCGGGACUUCAGAAAGAACUACAAACAGCUGCUAGCGUUCUAUUCCCGCGAGAGAGGGGCUGACGUUGAGGCUUCCAGCACUUGGUUGAAGAGACAACGCGUCAAAUGCAAGCAGGGUAAGCUGCCUAAAAGCCACCAGCAGUUACUGGAGAAGCUUGGAGUCAACCUGGAACCUGGGAAGAGUCUUGAGGAGAGAUGGCAAGGAAAAGUGCUCGCACUGCAAACCUUCAUUCAACGGGAAGGUCACAGUGACGUUCCCGGACGUUGCGUGGAAGGCGAUGAGCUCCUGGGGAGCUGGUUGGACGCGCAGCGCUCGCGCUGGAAGUUGGGGAAGCUGGCGCCAGAACGUGUAGAGCAACUCCAGGCCCUGGGCGUCUCCUUGCAGCAGCGUAGUGCGCAGUGGGAUGACUACGUUGAAGCCUUGCAGCGCUUCGUAGGGCGCGAAGGUCAUACAGAUGUGCCCGCAGAUCACGUGGAAGGAGCUCUGGCGUUGGGCUCCUGGUUGAACUCCCAACGCCGCCGUGCGCUGCAUGGAGGGCUGCUGCCAAAGCAGAAGCAGCAGCUGCUUCGGAUGGGAGUCGAGAUGGAAGAGGAGGAGGCCAACUGGCAGUGCCACUUCAGAGCCCUGAGUCGCUUCAAGGAGCUGGAAGGACAUGUCGAGGUAGCUGCGACUUUUCAGGGCUCUCAGCAGAUCCCGGGCCACCUUGGACGUUGGUUGUACUCCCAGAAGCUGAAGGCUUGCAAGGGCACGUUGCCCAGCCAGCGGAAGCGGAAGCUGUUGGAGCUGGGUGUGGAAUUGGAAAAAGGCCACGGCUGUGCAGCGCUGCAUCUUGGGGCACUCAUUGGUGGAAAGUAUGAAAGGUAA